GCUGCAAGGGAUGGAGUCAAGUGGGAGAUCAGUGUACCAAAGCUAUUUGUACUCAGCCAUGUGUGAACGGCACGUGUACCAAACCAGAUAAUUGCACAUGUAAUCCAGGUUACUAUGGAAACCAGUGUGAUAGAGACUGUCCUUCACAUAAAUGGGGACAACACUGUAGACAUGACUGCCUCUGUCAAAACAAUGCAACGUGCUCUUCUCACACUGGUAUCUGUACGUGUACCCCAGGGUGGGAGGGACAGUACUGCAACAAGACAUGUGACUAUGGUUACUACGGUAGCAAAUGUCAAAACAACUGUACUUGUCAGAAUGGAGGUACAUGUGACCCUGUUGAUGGUAACUGCACAUGCGCAGCUGGAUUUCAAGGAGAGAGUUGUCAAUUCUCCUGUGAAGAAGGAACAUAUGGUUUCUGUUGUGCGAGCAACUGCUCAUGUCAAAACAAAGGCGUGUGUUCAAACAUCGAUGGAUCUUGUGUUUGUACCCCUGAGUAUACCGGCAAGAUUUGCGAGUGCACUAUUAAAAAUGGCCUUGUUGGGCAACUGGGGUAUCUGUGAUCCUUUCAGUGGAGGUUGUGUAUGCAAAUCUGGAAGUAUUGGUCGAGUUUGUCGUCGUUCCCAGUGCCCAAACGGCACGUACGUCCCAGGAUGCAACGGGAACUGUAAAUGUAACAACAGUGCAACAUGUUACCAUGGCAACGGGUCAUGUGACUGUCUACCGGGAUGGACUGGCGAUAAUUGCACCAACACGUGUCCAUCCGGUUACUAUGGUAACAGCUGCCAAUCAAAGUGUCAGAUAUGUAAAAAUGGAACGUCAUGUGAGCCAAUCACUGGAGAAUGUUCUUGUGUAGGGGAGUGGCAAGGGAAAGUCUGUGUCACCAGAUUCAACUCAACUAAAUCUCAACAGAUCAAGUCCCAUCCAUUCGUAAACACUCCACUAAUUCUAGGCAUCUUUGGUGGUUUUCUUCUUCUUUUCUUGAUCUCUGUUGCGCUUGGCUGCUAUGUCUACCGGAGGCAAAAGCCAGUCUACAAAGUACACUCCACUAAGGUGAUUUUUACUUCAUCGAACCAGCCGCAAGCUGUCAUUGGUCGUGAUAAUCCUUUAAGAAUUCACGAAGAGAAAAAAGAUUUGGACGAAAAUGCCUUUUCAGUCCCUCUCAGAAAUUUUAGUGAGAAUUUCUGUGCCUUGUCAAGAGAAAGCUGGCAAAAUGGCGUUAAUCACGCGACUAAUUUCGAUAAUGUGGAUGAUGUUAAUCAAGUGCAUGAAGUGGAAAACUCACAGGCUAACGAUGACGUCCAGAACAGUGAUGACGUUUUUGAUGAUAGUGAGGUCAUUGAUGAUAGUGACGUCAUUGAUGUUAGUGACGUCGUUGAUGAGGAUGACGUCAUUGAUGGCGAUGACGUGCCAUAUGUCAUGGAUGGUAUUGAUGGCAUGGAUGGUGUUGCUGGCGUGGAUUGUGUUGUCAUGGGUACUCACUCCGUGAACAAGCGCUGUCCCACAACUGCACUGGAUCAACAUAUUUACGAGCCUGUAUUCCUCAAAGGGCAGCAAACUCAGUCGACCAGAGGCAGCCCAGUAACCGUCACGUAUGACAAUACUUGCUUCGAUAUUCUCGAAGAUGAGUCCGAGUGUCUGUACGAUACAGUUAAUGGCGCCCUUGAGGACACAAAGACGUCUUCCUGCGAAAGUGAAAGCCUUCGUAGCUGGAAGGAUAUGUACGAGAAUGUUGCUGGAGAUUUUGGUGAGCUCACUGGCCAAGAUGAUAAGUUAGAUGACGACACUAGUGACAACACAGAAGCCUAAAGUGAAAAAAAACCAUAUCACUAUCAAGUGAACAUGGUACUUUUUUUUAAUUUUAUUCAAUUUGUUUAAUAUAUCUUUCUCCAAGAGAUUUGGGCGCCAUGUUUAGGGACACAGUGGCUGUAAUUAUAAAUACGCCUACUCGAUCCAUAUUUGUAGUUCAAAAGCCAACAAUAAUACAAGGUCAAAGUAGUGAAAUUAACAUUUCUAACAUUGGUGAUAAUUAUAUGCAAUGGCUAAUUUUAGAAGUAAUCCAGUCCCUGUCAGAAAUGCCAAUCCCUUUUCUUGCUUCAAUGGACGACAAAACAGGUCGCCCAUUGCAAGAUCGUAGCGUCGCGGCUGGCUGAAGAACAAUAAAUUACGUCAGUCAUGGGAGGGGGUUCCCCUGACCUCACCACAUUUUCCAUGACAUUUCAGAUUCAAUUUUUCAAAUUUCUUUCGGUGUUGGUACCUUGUUUCUACAACUUGUAAAUUUCUACAGUAGA